CCGCGCGUAUGCCAUGGAGAGGGGAAGGCUUCCGGGUCACUCGCUCGGCGCCGCUUUCUCCACCACAGAGAUAAGAACGUGUAGAAGGAGCCCGAAUGGGAGUUUCCGGGGUUGUUCCUCACUCAACCCUCCAACUUCCACCCGGGUUUAAAUGAUGAUAAACAAUUGUGUUUUCGGGAAAUAGACCGGAGUUUGGAAAAGGGUUUGGAUGACACAGGCCGCGGAGUGAACCCGGAAUAUGCUUCUCAGGGCGACGAGGCGUCCUCUCUUCCCUUUUGUUACCUCUGUGUUCACCUCCUUCUUCGGGUCUCCGCGGUAACCCCAGUCAGAUUCUUCCCCGCCCACUUCAGGCAACGAGCGGUCAUAUGACCAGCGACACUUCCAAGAUGGCGACCUCCCUGAAGGUGGGACCUGCGCUGCGGCGGCUCCUGCGGGGCUCCGAGGUGCAGCGGCUGCCGGAGGAGCUGCGGGCCGAGCUGGAGGCGGCCCUCGCCGAAGAGGAGCCCCGCUUGUCAUUCCACUUCGUCCGAAAGCUCCACCGAGCUCUGCGGGAGGCGGGUUCUCAGGUAUAUCUUCAUGAACUGCUGGAAGGCAGUGAGAUCUUCCUUCCUGAAGAGAAAAAGCCUCCCAGGAAUCCAGAAUUAGUAGCCCGGUUAGAAAAGAUCAAGGCCAGGCUAGCCAAUGAGGAAUACAAGAAGAUAACAAGGAACAUCAACUGCCAGGAACUGAACCGAUACGGCACUUUGGCUGACCUUGGAAGGCAAGAACCACGAAAAUAUGUCACUUCAAUGUGGAAGAAUCUGAGGAGUUUCUUCAAGCUUCAUCAUCCCAAAAAGGGGCAACAAAGUCCAACUGCCACCUAUGUUAGGUUCUGAGGGGGAUGAACUUUCCCCAGAAAUCCUGCUCAUUUUAAUUUCAGGCAAGUUGAUAUUGUGGGGGGGGGGGCAAGAGUCACAGAGAGAAGGGAGUUGAAGAGACAGCACAAGGUAGAAGAAAGAGCAGAGCAAAAAAGGAAAGGGAGACAGAGAAGAUGCUGAGAGAAAGGGCAGAAAUGUUUGAGGAGAUAAAGAGGGCCUAAAUAGGAGAUAAAGAGCCUGAUGGAUCAGGUCAGUGCCCAUCUAGCCCAGGAUCCUGCUCUCAGAGUCGCCAGCCAGAUGCCUGUGAGAAACCAGCCAGCAGGAUUCAAACACAAGAGCAACUCUCCUCUCCUGUGGUUUCCCGCAACUGGUAUUCGGAAGCAUUGUUGCUUGUGACAGCGAAGGCAGAUCCUAGCCACCCUGGCUAAUAACCCUCAAUACCCCUCUAUGAGGAUGCGGGUGGCGCUGUGGGCUAAACCACUGAGCCCAGGGCUUGCCGAUCAGAAGGUCGGCGGUUUGAAUCCCUGCGACGGGGUGAGCUCUUGUUGUUCGGUCCCUCCUCCUGCCAACCUAGCAGUUUGAUAGCUCGUCAAAGUGCAAGUAGAUAAAUAGGUACUGCUCCAGUGGGAAGGUAAACGGCGUUUCCGUGCACUGCUCUGGUUCGCCAGAAGCAGCUUAGUCAUGCUGGCCACGUGACCCGGAAGCUGCACGCCGGCUCCCUCGGCCAAUAAAGCGAGAUGAGCGCCACAACCCCAGAGUCGUCCGCGACUGGACCUAACAGUCAGGGGUCCCUUUACCUUUUAGCCCUCUAUGAAUUUGCUCAAUUCUCUUUCAAUGCCUUGUGGGAGGGAGUUCCAUAGAUUAGCUGUGUGCUGAAUGAAGAAAGACGUUCUCUCAUCUGUCCUGAUUCUUCCAGCAGAAAGAAAGAAAGAGGCAAAAGGCAGGCAGCUGGUGAUAGGACUGUGAAGGAAGACGAGAUGAACGAGACAACAGAUAAAGGAUUGAGAAAGUGCAAGGAGGAGUCACAGAUGGAGGGCAAAAAGUGCAAGGAAGAAGGUAGAGAGGAAAAGGCACCAGCAGGCGACAGAUGGGUUGGUCUCUGGCUUUAGGGGUUGGACUAGAUGACCCCAGAGGUCCCUUCCAACUCUGCAACUCCAUGAGAAAGAAAGAAAGGCAGGGAAGGUUAUGGAAAGAGAGAGAGAGAGAGAGAAGCUUUUUGUUGCUGUUAAGGAAAGGCAGACAUAAUGGUGGUGAUGACUUGUCCUCUAGCUCAGUAUCAACCACGGGCAUAGAGAAGACGAUAGAACUAUGAAAAGGGUUCAGAGGUUUUGGCCAACUAUUAAAUGAAAGAUGGGUUUACUUGGUUCCAACUACUACAUAUAAUAUUGGGGGGGAAAACAAUAGCAUGCCAGUACCGCAAUGUGGGUAAUAUGUGGUGAAACUCCAGCACUGUUAAGUUAAAAUUGAAAGUAAGAAUGGGUCCAAUGUUCCUGUUUGGGGGUCAGAGGUCUGGACUGGUCGGGUCUGGACUGGUUAAAGACCAACAGGUGUAGACAAUACGAAGCUCUAGGGAACCAUGUUCCAACUUGUAUUGUGGCAGCUGCCUCUGUUCCUGUUGAAAGCCAGUCCCUUUGGUCAGAGCCAUGAGGGCUGUUAGGGGAAGGGCUGCGUGUCCCUGGCAGAGCCCCCACUUUCCAUGCCUAUGGCCCCAGGUUCAAUUCCACAACGUCCCCAGGUUGGGCUGGGAAGGAGCCCCUGCCUGAGCGCCUGGAGAGCCACUUCUGCCGGUCAGGGCAGGCCACACUGAACUGGAUGGCCCUAUUUGCUUAUUUCAUAACGUUUACACGCUGCUUGAUUGUAAAAGAACCCCCAAAUUCGCAAGUUAAAACUUUCAAUAACAAUUGACUAAAAACUAGCGUAGGCUUGUCUAAAGAAUGUUUUUUAGCAGGCGCUGAAGAGAGCACAGGGAAGGCAAACUCCUUGAUAUCAACAGGCAGGGAGUUCCCAAGUUUCCAAUGUUCUAACCCAGUAUAUAGCAGCUUCCUGUGAUGCGCGAGGAGGAGUACAGCAGUGGGGUAAUGAGGUGGGCAGAACUCAUUUCAGAGGGGCAGGAGAUUCCUUUUCCUUCUUUGGGUUUCAGUCAUAGGGAAUGGACCUUGCUGGGCCUGUGUCACACACACUGCCUCUGCUUU